AUGCCCGAGGUGGACCAGAGGGAAGAGCCCAGAACCAUCCGAGUAUGGCUGAAGAGAGACAGCGGCCAGUACUGGCCCAGCAUUUACCACACGAUGGCCUCUCCGUGCUCGGCUAUGACCUACCAUCACGACAGCAGACGGAUAUUUGUGGGCCAGGAUAACGGAGCCAUCAUGGAAUUUCAUGUUUCUGAAGAUUUUAAUAAAAUGAACUUUAUCAGGACCUACCCAGCUCAUCAGAACCGGGUAUCCGCAGUCAUCUUCAGCCUGGCCACGGAGUGGGUGGUCAGCACCGGUCACGACAAGUGCGUCAGCUGGAUGUGCACCCAGAAUGGGGACAUGCUUGGGAGGCACGUCUUCACGUCCUGGGCUUCGUGUUUGCAGUACGACUUCGACACUCACUAUGCCUUUGUUGGCGAUUAUUCUGGGCAGAUCACCCUGCUGAAGCUGGAGCAGAACACCUGCUCGGUCAUCACAACCCUCAAAGGACAUGAAGGUGGUGUCUCCUGCCUCUGGUGGGACCCCAUUCAGCGGUUGCUCUUCUCGGGAGCGUCUGACAACAGCAUCAUCAUGUGGGACAUCGGCGGAAGGAAGGGCCGCACACUCCUGCUGCAGGGCCACCAUGACCGGGUGCAGUCGCUGUGCUACCUUCAGCUCACGAGGCAGCUCGUGUCCUGUUCCUCGGAUGGUGGGAUUGCCGUGUGGAACAUGGACGUGAGCAGAGAGGAGGCUCCUCAGUGGCUAGAAAGUGAUUCUUGCCAGAAAUGUGAGCAGCCCUUUUUCUGGAACAUCAAGCAGAUGUGGGACACAAAGACACUGGGGUUGAGACAGCACCACUGCAGGAAAUGCGGCCAGGCCGUCUGCGGGAAGUGCAGCAGCAAGCGCUCAAGCUACCCCGUCAUGGGCUUCGAGUUCCAGGUCCGCAUGUGUGACUCCUGCUACGAGUCCAUCAGAGAGGAGGAUCGGACUUCUCUAGCAACCUUCCAUGAAGGAAAACAUAACAUCUCCCACAUGUCCAUGGAUGUUGCCAGGGGACUGAUGGUGACCUGUGGGACUGACCGCGUUGUAAAGGUGUGGGACAUGACGCCCGUGGUGGGCUGCAGCCUGGCGACGGGCUUCUCUCCACACUGACCCGGGAGCUGGCGAGCUCUGCGCUUCCCAGCGGCGGCCGGACCAACGCCGCCCUCCCUGUGGCGCCAUGGUCCCCGGCACGUGGACGCACAGUAGCCACUUAAACACAGAUCAACACUUUCCAAAAGUAAAAAAUGUAAAGGUGUUUUUUGGGGCAUUUGUGGACCUACUGUGGGGACAAAUGGGGAAAAGUCUCAUCUAUAGUGGUUCCAGGAGCAAUGGAAUUCCUCCAUCGAAACUUCCUCGCAAACGGUGGGCUGGCGUGGCCGAGAUUAAUCCAGUCAGUGGGAGUCUUAGAGGAAAACACUGAACUAAAGAGUCAAGGCCUAGAAUGUUCCUACAGCAGCCGCGAGCACACACGCUUCCCCUCGACCUGCUGGGCCCCCGGGGCCCCUGGGGCUCGGCUGUGGGAGCGGGAGGGGGUGCCUCGGGGAUGCAGGAGGAACUUAGGGUCCCGGAGCGUCCUGCUCCUGCGCGGGCAGGACGUGGCCGUGCUUUCUGGGCCUGACAGACCUGUUCAAGGCUCCGUUCUCUCCGGCGCCGUUGUCUGCACCUAGUGCUUGACUCCCCACGUGUUCCUCCUGCCCGUCAGCAAGCCCUGGGCGAUCCUCCUGGUGGCUGUGAGAGGCUUGUGAAAUUUCUCUGUUAACCGAGGCGGUCCACGAUCUUCCCUCCCCCCACGUGCUCCGAGGACACGUGCCCUUACCACGGGAGUCACACAAGCCGCCUGAUUGUCUGUCAUUGCAGUUAGUGACGACCGAUGGAAAACCCAGCUACCAGCACUCGUGUGGUGGGGAAUGAUCACUGUUCCCUGGGACAGCCUGCGCAGUCCUCCCAACGGACACAUUCUGUUUCUAGAUCCAAGAGGAGCCCCCGUGAUAUUGGAGCAAUUCAAUAUAUGCCUCAGACAAGAACUCCAAGGCUUUUUAAACAAUGUUGACUUGUAGUUGUAACUAAUAUUAUUAAAUAUUUCAUAGGAGGAAGCUGGGAACCCAGAGCAGUAAUGGUUAACCAGGUCCUACACAGUAAUUCCCAACUUAUACAUUGCUUUCCUAACAACUGGCAAAAAUCUAUUGUAUCAAAUGGUGUUUGAAAGGGUUUUGGCCAACUUAGUAGUAGGAUGGGGUAAGAGGUCGGGGAGGGAAGCCAACUUUUAAUAUUCAGAUAUUUAUCAUUUGUUUUUAACAAUAAUACAUGUAUGUUACUUUAGGACUAUGGAAGUGAAUGGAGAGAGGCCUACUUUUUUUUAA